UUUCUCGAAAGCGUCGUGUCGUGAAGUUGUCUCGUCGUCGGAAAAUUUUGCUCCCAAUUCGGGCCGUUUUUUAAACCCAUUUCGCCAGUUAAUUGCGCUUGUAUCUCGUUAGAAUUGUGACCAUCGCGUACCGGAAGUGAACUUUAAUCGAACGGAACCAUGAAUCGUCGCCGCGCUUACGAGGAUGACGGCGAUUUCUACGGAGAGCGUUCCCGGAAACGUCGCCGGGUGUCCGAGAACCAAGAGAUGGAGGAACGGCUGGAGGCGCUGAUUUUGCGGGUUGGUGAAAACAGUUCCUCUUCGCUGGAAUCCAACCUGGAAGGUCUGGUUUCGGUGCUCGAUUUGGGCACCUUUCGUAACAAAAUUUUGCGAAUUCUCUCCGAGUGUCCGAUCAAAAUGCCGGAGAAGUGUACCAUCUACUCUACGAUGGUGGGUUUGCUGAACGCAAAAAAUUACAACUUUGGCGGUGAAUUUGUAGAUCACAUGGUAAAAACAUUCAAGGAGAGCCUGAAGCAAUGUCGUUGGGACGCCGCAAGAUAUGCGCUCAGAUUUCUUUCGGAUUUGGUCAACUGUCACGUUAUUUCGACCAACUCUUUGCUGCAGCUGCUUGACAACAUGGUAGACGCGGCCAAUGAAGAUUCGGUCCCUCAAGUUCGUCGCGAUUGGUAUGUUUUCGCCGUUCUUUCCACCCUGCCCUGGGUUGGUCGAGAAUUGUACGAAAAGAAGGAAUCGGCACUGGAAAAUUUGCUAGUUCGAAUUGAAGUUUUCUUGAACAAACGUACCAAGAAGCACCACAAUUCGCUUCGCGUUUGGUCGGCAGAUUCGCCACAUCCGCAGGAGGAAUAUUUGGACUGCCUCUGGGCACAGAUUCGCAAGCUGCGUCAGGACAAUUGGGCUGAAAAGCAUAUUCCCCGUCCCUAUUUGGCCUUUGAUUCCGUUCUUUGUGAAGCUCUACAGCAUAAUCUUCCAAUCAUCAACCCACCACCUCAUCAGGACUCAUUCGAAUAUCCGAUGCCGUGGGUUGUUUAUCGAAUGUUCGACUACACCGAUUGUCCACCGGGACCUAUUCUUCCGGGAGCUCAUUCCAUUGAGCGGUUCCUCAUCGAGGAACAUCUUCACUCGAUUAUCGAAAAUCACCACUGGGAACGCAAAGAUUGCGCAGCCCAUCUGCUGAAUCUUUCCUACAAGGAGAAGAUUCCCCUGGAAUAUUGUAUCGUGGAAGUGAUUUUCGCCGAAUUGUUCCACAUGCCCACUCCACGCUAUCUGGAAAUCUGCUACGGUUCCAUUUUGAUCGAACUCUGCAAGUUGCAACCUUCCAAAAUGCCUCAAGUAUUGGCCCAGGCGACGGAAAUUCUGUUCAUGCGUAUUGAUUCGAUGAAUACCAGCUGUUUCGAUCGGUUCGUAAACUGGUUCUCGUACCACCUCAGCAACUUCCAGUACCGCUGGAGCUGGGACGAUUGGGAUAGCUGUCUGCUGUUGGAAACCGAGCACCCGAGACCGAAGUUCAUCCAGGAGGUGCUGCUGAAGUGUUUGAGAUUCUCCUAUCACGAUCGUUUCAAGGAGAUGAUGCCGGAAACCUAUGCCAAGCUGAUUCCGAAGCCGCCUCAGCCCAACUAUAAAUACACCAUGGAAGGAGCCGGUAAGUGCCAAGAUGGUUUUUGUUUUUCUAUACCUUGUCAUUUGAAUCGAAUCCAAGUCAGUUGACUCUAAUAAGUCUAU